AAAUGUUUAGGAUGGGUAAAGGUGCAGAUCCCGGAGACCAACAUGUAAAGGUAGCAGUACGAUGCAGACCACUGAAUGAAGAGGAGGCUGCCAAUAAUGCUGCUGAAAUUGUCACUGUCUCCCCAGAACAAGGCACCAUAGUCCUGAGAUCAAAAAAGCGUGUGGAUCCAGAAAAGAGAUUUACUUUUGAUAAUGUAUUUGGACCUGACUCGAAGCAACUUGAUAUCUACAAUAUUUGUGCACGAAAGAUAGUUGACUCAGUAUUGGAAGGCUACAAUGGUACAAUAUUUGCAUAUGGUCAGACAGGUACUGGAAAAACAUUUACCAUGGAAGGUGUACGCUCAAUACCAGAAAAGAAAGGAAUUAUACCCAAUUCAUUUGCACAUAUAUUCGGAGAGAUCAGCAAAGCAGGGGCAGACGUGAAGUUCCUUGUUCGAGUAUCAUAUCUGGAGAUCUACAAUGAGGACAUCUGUGAUCUGUUGUCUAAAGACAUGAAGAAGAAAUUAGAGGUUAAAGAGAGACCUGAUGUUGGCGUUUAUGUUAAAGAUCUUCAUCAAUUUUCUGUAAAAAACGCUCAAGACAUGGACAAGAUUAUGACUGUGGGAAACAAAAACAGGUCGGUUGGUUCCACCAAGAUGAACUCCCACUCUUCAAGAUCUCACGCUAUCUUUACCAUCACCAUUGAGAGGUGUGAUCAAGGUAUAGACGGAAAGGGACAUUUGAGGAUGGGAAAACUUCACCUCGUUGAUUUAGCUGGAUCAGAACGGCAGGCCAAGACUGGAGCUACUGGUAAAAGGUUAAAAGAAGCUACUAAAAUCAACCUUUCUCUUAGCACUCUCGGAAAUGUCAUCUCAGCAUUGGUGGAUGGUAAAAGCACUCAUGUACCGUACAGAGACAGUAAACUAACCAGACUAUUACAAGACAGUUUAGGUGGAAACAGUCGUACUGUUAUGUUGGCGAAUAUCAGUCCUGCAUCGUACAAUGCAGAUGAGACACACGCUACACUACGCUAUGCUAAUCGAGCUAAAAACAUCAAGAACAAAGCUCACAUUAACGAGGAUCCAAAAGAUGCUAUGCUGAGGGAAUUCCAGAAGGAAAUAGAGGCCUUGAAGGCACAACUUGACAGUGCUGGAGGUCCAGGAGAUAUGGUAUCAGGGAGCGAAGAAGAGUAUGUUGAUGAAAAUGGGAAAACUGUGAGGGUGAAAAAGAGGAAAAAGAAGAAAAGUCUGGACGAUGCAGAGAUAGCAGCAAUAAAGGACCAGCUUGAUAAAGAAAAAAAGGAACUUUUGGAAACCACGAACAUGGAGGCUGCUGAAAAAGAUAAGAUAUCUAAGGAACUAGCAUUACGGGAAAAGGAGUUGCAUAAAACUCAGCAAGAAAAGAAAAAACUGGCAGAAAAACUGACCAUGUUAGAAGGAAAACUUAUUGUCGGUGGUGUAGAUUUGCUAGAGAAAGCUAAAGAGCAACAGAUUCUGCUGGAUCAGUCUUUCAAAGAACUAGAAGCUACAACGAAGAAACAAGAGAAAAUUAAAGAGGAAAUCGAAGAAAAAGAGCAAGAAAAGUUAAUUGUUGAAGAGAAGUACGGUAACCUGCAAGAAGAAGCUGCAGGAAAAACCAAGAAACUACAGAAAAUUAAUCAGAUGUACAAGAGCGCUAAAGCAGAGAUAACAGACAUGAAACAAGAGCAUGAGAGGAGGGUUGAGACACUUUUGGACGACAUCAAGCAGCUAACUAAAGAAAUGAGGCUACAAGAGCUCCUUAUCAACUACACCAUUCCACCUGAGUUCCAGGAGCUUAUUGAAAAGCAUAUUCUAUGGAACGAGGAGAUCGGAGAGUGGCAGCUGCAUUAUGUAGCUUACACAGGAAACAACAUGAGGCAACGAACUCCAACUCCCCCUCCGCAAGCUUUCGAGCAAUUCGACAAAGACCUAGACAUGGUGUAUUGGACGUAUGGUGACGUGGCUCCAGCUCCCAAAAAGAAGAGGGAAAAGAAGAAGAGGAAGAAAGGAAGGAAGAAGAAAGUAAUGGAGGAGCAGCUACAGGAGGUGCAGGUGCCAGACAUUGUUCCAGAAUCCAGACCCAGGACUGCUAUGUCGAGAACUAGAUGACAAACGCAAGAAUUGAUGUGAUCGGAUGACGAUCUAUCGCAUAUCGCGUGUCUAGGAGUAAGAAACGGGACUAAAUCGUAAACUAUAUUAAUAUAGACUUACAGAAUGGAUAUCAUUCAUCAAAUUCGUGUAUCUGUAAAUAGUGGUUUAAUUGAAAAUGUGGGGUUGAUAUUAAAGAAAAUCCCUGCAAUAAAAGAAAAUUGUAUUUAACAUUUAUAAUUAUAUACAGGUUUUAGUUCCUUUUUCGUACGUAAGAUUGAAGAUUAAAGACAGCGUCUAAUAGUAAUAGUAAUAAGCAAGUUCAAAGUUCUUAUGAUAUGCAUUAUAAAUUCUCUAACUUUAUCAGGCUUAUUGAAUGUUGAAAGGUAUACAAUAUCAAUAUGUUAAUGCUAAAUGACAUACGGUUACAGACAUCUUGACAGUAUUUGAGUUUUAAAAGCAAUAAUUUCAAAUAUUUAUGUUAUCAG